GGUAUUCCUUCAGUCUUGGGCUGGCUAGGAGAUUGGCACCCAGGCUUCAAGCCUGCCGCCCCCCUCGGCCCUGGAAGCCCCCCUCCCCCACCUUGCUGUGUUUUCGGGCCAGGCUGCCCCUCAUGAAAGGCCACGGACCCAGCUGGAACCUGCUGCUGCUGCUGGGGGCGGGGUGUUUGCCCGUUGCCAGGCACCCAGGUUCUAUCCGGGCAUUUGGUGCCGCCAUGCUGCUCGCACGGCCCUUCCUGCUCCUGCUGCCCCUGCUGGCCCUGCCAGCUCCCUCCCACGCCUGGUCUCGGCCCCUGUGGUACCAGGUGGGACUGGACCUCCAGCCUUGGGGCUGCCAGCCCAACAGCCUGGAAGGUUGUGGGGGCAGCCUGGGCUGUCCUGGCCACUGGAUGGGCCUGGGCAUGAGCCGCAUCUACCCUGUGGCUGGGGUCACGGUCACCACUACCGUGAUGCUGAUGAUGGGCCGAGCAGUGCUUCAGCGACGGCGCUCCCAGGCUUCUAAGUCCGAGCAUCCACAGGUGACCACUAUCCUCCCUGGACCCUGGAAACGGCGGACCCCAAUCUCAGACCGCGCCCUGCUCCUUAAUGUCCUGCACAUGCUGGAUUCCCUCCUGGUCCAUAUUGAGAGCCACCUGCAGCAUAUAUCUACCCAACAGAAGUCCCAAAUAAAGGGGACUCCCGCCCAGAGUGGGUGA